CCCGGACCAGGGAUUGAACCCAUGUCGUCUGCAUUGGCAGACGGAUUCUUAACCACUGCGCUACCAGGGAAGUCUCGGAAGUGAUGUUUAUUCAAGUUGGAACCUGGAAGAUGUGUAGGAGUUAGCGAAGGGCAGAAAGGGGAGAGUUCCAGGUGGAGAAAAGUGCAUGGAUGGAGUGACUUUGGCCAGUUACUUAGCUUCUCUGUGCUUCAGUUUUCUCAUUUGUAAAAUAGGAAUAGUGUGACUAUUCUCAGAGGAUUGUUGCACACAUAAGUACCGUAUGUAAAGUCAUCGUCUUCUAAUGAAUAUUUCUGAAAUGAAGCACAAUCAGUUCAUACAGGCCAGUUUCCGGGUCCAAGUUUAUUUAUUGAAUUGUUAAACGUGUGGAUUCACUUACUGUAUUUUUCCUCGUAACCUUGCUCUUUACCUGUCCCAAAGUCUUUCUCAUGUUUUAAUGACAAGAAUGGGGUAUUUCGUUUUGCUUUCUUGUUUUUUUGUUUUAAUUAUAGAGAUCCAGUUCUGCCUUUCAUUGCUGCAAGUAGCUAGUGGUGUGCAACCUUUUAGGUCAAUAAGUGUCAUCGGUUGGAAUGCUUUUACCUUCAAGAAAAACAGAAGAGCCAACUCAGUGACUUAAACACACAGGCAGUAUUUCAGACAGCAGGAAGUCUGGAGGUAGGGUGACUCCAAAGCUGGUUAAUUCAGCAGCUGGGGAGCCACGUUCAUUUUUUUUCUUCCUGCCCUGCCAUCCCCAGAACACUGGCUUGUCCUGGCUGCUCCCGUGGUCUCAGGUGGUCUGUCGCCAUUCCAGGUGUCACAGAUAGACACCAGAAUAUCCAGUUGAGGAAGAGGGGCCAUUGUUUUUCCUUGUCUGUCUCUUUAUCGGUGGACUUCUGGGUGGUUUUGGCUGUUAUGAGUGAAGCUGCUAGAAGAAAGGAAAUCAAAACCUAGGUAGGUUGAUUUACCAGCUUCACACAGCCGGCUGGUUUGACGCAGCAGUAGUGGCCUGCAGGGGAAAGCACCAGACCAGGAGUGAGAGUUCCUUGUUUGGGCUUUACUUUGCCCUGGACUGCUAGUAAUCAGGGUGUUUCCUUCUGCUGAAACACGUUUGUUAGUCACCACAGGGUUCCCAGCAGAGCACUGACUGGAAACAGACUCAGGACAUGCAGCCAGGUAAUCCCUGAACAAGUAAAUCCCAGUGGAACCAGAAAACUGGGUCUUGCUUUCCUUAAUUGGAGCCUGACUUAGAAUCAGAUAUUGAACUGGAAAGGAAGUAUUAGCCAUUAGAAAAAGAAUUUAAAUUACUGGUCUGUCCAUAUUUAGAAUUUCUUGCAAUCAUUUCCACUGUAUGUAACACUGAAAUCCUUUGUGGUUGUCUGCUGCAAAAAUGGAUCUUUGACCCGGCAGCUUUAAAUGUGCUUGACACCGUUGGGAAUUUUGAGAAUUCUUAAUUUAAUCUGUGCUUGUCCAGAGGUGGGGGCCAGGAUGAGGGAGAACUCGAUCCUUUUGUACUGAAGGUUAUGCUGUUUGUAAGCAGAGGCCUGUGCUUCUGGAACUUACGUUACCAGGCAGUAGUUACUGGCACAAUAAUUAUCAUAUUCUAACUCUUACUUCUGGAGGCAGUGAGAACCAGCCCAGCACGGAGAUGAGUAGGAGGUGGCUGGCAGUGGAGGGCCCUGUAGCUGUUAGUGCAACAUCGUGCUGCAGGUGGCUGAGGGUUUAUCAGAGUGGGAAAAAGAGAGAGGCCCCAGUCGUCCUGCCAGUGACUCUAACUUCCUCCUCAUGGCUCAGUAACAGUGGGCCUCUCCCCUGGACUUGGGUGAGGUUGGAAUGUAAACUUGCUUUCCUCUUCCCCAUCCCAAAUGUCCCAGGUUAUCUCUUUAAUUUAACUGAUUCUUAUUCUCUUUUGUGAUAACUUAGUUCUUGUCAAGCAGGGACUUGCCCUGCCAAAGAGAGCAGGAAGGUCACUUUACCGGGCCCUCUGGUUCCUUGUGUAAACAGCAUCCACAGCCCUUUCCCUCAGAGACUCAGAUUGUUUAGACUCACGCAUCUCCCUGAAGGGAAGGAGGAGGCAUUAAAGUAGAAACACAUGCAACUCAGCAGGUUUCUCCGAACAACCAGUGAUCUGUGAUUUCUCAUGGUAAACUUCCACCGAUUCACUCUUCAUAUUUCUUCUCUGCACCUCUGUUUUCUGAUUGGUAAAAUCUGGAUGUCGCUGGCUCUGGAGGAAGGUUGUAAAGAGCUGAUGAAGGAGGCGGACCUCAUCAGGGAUAGAGAAGGGCCUUUCCUCAGCGGAGAAGCGUAUGGUGGUCACUCUUGCCUGGGUGAUACCUGUGUGCAGAGCCAGUGAUGAGGGUGGAGGAGAGGCCACCUCUGCACCUCUCCUCUCGGAGAUAAGACAUGCGCAGAAGACGGACGUGGCAGCGUGUGUUCAGUGUGUGACUUCAAGCUGUUCAGCUUGACCCUGAAGAAACUUGUCAUGCUAAAAGAAAUGGACAAAGACCUUAACUCAGUGGUCAUCGCUGUGAAGCUACAGGGUUCAAAAAGGAUUCUUCGCUCCAACGAGAUCAUCCUUCCAGCCAGUGGGUUGGUGGAAACAGAGCUCCAGUUAACCUUCUCCCUCCAGUACCCUCAUUUCCUGAAGCGAGAUGCCAACAAGCUGCAGAUCAUGUUGCAGAGGAGAAAGCGUUACAAGAACCGGACCAUCCUGGGCUAUAAGACCCUGGCCGUGGGGCUCAUCAACAUGGCAGAGGUGAUGCAGCACCCGAACGAAGGCGCCCUGGUACUCGGCCUGCACAGCAACGUGAAGGAUGUCUCCGUGCCUGUGGCAGAAAUAAAGAUCUACUCCCUGUCCAGCCAGCCCAUUGACCAUGAAGGAAUCAAAUCCAAGCUGUCUGACCGUUCUCCUGAUAUUGACAAUUAUUCUGAGGAAGAGGAGGAGAGUUUCUCAUCAGAACAGGAAGGCAGUGAUGACCCACUACACGGGCAGGACCUGUUCUAUGAAGAUGAGGAUCUUCGGAAAGUAAAGAAGACCCGGAGGAAACUAACCUCAACGUCUGCCAUCACAAGGCAACCUAACAUCAAACAGAAGUUUGUGGCCCUCCUGAAGCGGUUUAAAGUUUCAGACGAGGUGGGCUUUGGGCUGGAACACGUAUCCCGAGAACAGAUACGAGAAGUGGAAGAAGACUUGGACGAGCUGUAUGACAGUCUGGAGAUGUACAAUCCCAGCGACAGUGGUCCCGAGAUGGAGGAGACAGAGAGCAUCCUUAGCACGCCAAAGCCCAAGCUCAAGCCCUUCUUUGAGGGGAUGUCGCAGUCCAGCUCACAGACGGAGAUUGGCAGCCUCAACAGCAAGGGCAGCCUCGGCAAAGACACCACCAGCCCUAUGGAAUUGGCUGCUUUAGAAAAAGUCAAGUCUGCCUGGAUUAAAAAUCAAGAUGACAGCUUGACUGAGACAGACGCGCCGGAAAUCACUGACCAGGACAUGUUUGGAGACGUGAGCGCAAGUCUGGUUGUGCCAGAGAAAGUCAAAACUCCGAUGAAGUCCAGUAAAACGGACCUCCAGGGCUCUGCCUCUCCCAGCAAAAUGGACGGGGUUCACACCCCCCGGCAGAAGAGGGGCACUCCCCUGAAGGAGCGGCAGCUCUCCAAGCCCCUGAGCGAGAGAACCAACAGCUCCGACAGCGAGCGGUCCCCAGACCUGGGCCACAGCACGCAGAUUCCAAGAAAGGUGGUAUAUGACCAACUGAAUCAGAUCCUGGUGUCGGAUGCAGCCCUCCCAGAAAACGUCAUCCUUGUGAGCACCGCUGAUUGGCAGGGCCAGUACGUGGCAGAGCUGCUCCAGGACCAGCGGAAGCCCGUCGUGUGCACGUGCUCCACGGUGGAGGUCCAGGCCGUGCUGUCCGCCCUGCUCACCCGUAUCCAGCGCUACUGCAACUGCAACUCCUCCAUGCCGAGGCCGGUGAAGGUGGCAGCGGUGGGCGGCCAGAGCUACCUGAGCUCCAUCCUCCGCUUCUUCGUCAAGUCGCUGGCCAGCAAGACCUCCGACUGGCUGGGCUACAUGCGCUUUCUCAUCAUUCCCCUCGGUUCUCACCCGGUGGCCAAGUACCUGGGCUCCGUCGACAGUAGGUAUAGCAGUAUCUUCCUUGAUUCUGGCUGGAGAGAUCUGUUCAACCGCUCAGAGCCCCCGGUGUCAGAGCACCUGGACGUGGUUGGGCGGGUGAUGCAGUACGUCAGCGGCGCGGGCGUGACGCACCAGCUGCCUGUGGCGGAAGCCAUGCUGACCUGCAGGCACAAGUUCCCUGAUGAAGACUCGUAUCAGAAGUUUAUCCCCUUCAUUGGCGUGGUGAAGGUGGGUCUGGUCGAAGACUCUCCUUCCACUACAGGCGAUGGUGAUGACUCACCCGUGGUCAGCCUUACCGUGCCCUCCACGUCGCCGCCCUCCAGCUCAGGCCUGAGCCGAGACGCCAUGGCCACCCCUCCUUCCUCCCCGUCCAUGAGCAGCGCCCUGGCCGUCGUGGGGAGCCCCAGCAGCCCAUAUGGGGACGUGAUUGGCCUCCAGGUGGACUACUGGCUGGGCCACCCUGGGGAGCGGAGGAGGGAAGGUGACAAGAGGGACGCCAGCUCCAAGAACACCCUCAAGAGCGUCUUCCGCUCGGUGCAGGUUUCCCGCCUGCCCCACGGUGGGGAGGCCCAGCUUUCCGGCACCAUGGCAAUGACCGUGGUCACCAAAGAGAAGAACAAGAAAGUUCCCACCAUCUUCCUGAGCAAGAAGCCUCGAGAAAAGGAGGUGGAUUCUAAGAGCCAGGUCAUCGAAGGCAUCAGCCGCCUCAUCUGCUCUGCCAAGCAGCAGCAGACGAUGCUGAGAGUGUCUAUCGAUGGAGUCGAGUGGAGUGACAUCAAGUUCUUCCAGCUGGCAGCCCAGUGGCCCACCCACGUCAAGCACUUUCCAGUGGGACUGUUCAGUGGCAGCAAGGCCACCUGAGGGCACCGUCUCCUGGCUACUCUCCCUCCUGGCACUGCCACCAGCCUCACCGCCUGCAGGCAGGGGGAGGCCAGCAGGCCCAGGCCCAGCGUCCCCUUUCCUGGCCCCGGGGCCUGCAUCUCCCUGGCCCGGUCCUGAAGGCCACUGCCACCGGGGACGCUGCUCCCCACCCCCACCCCCCGCCAUGCUGGGUCCCAUCCGUGGGCAGCCCCCGCCCUCCCUCUCUCCUUUUCCUCCUCUCCCUCUGUUCCAGGCCCAAGGCAUGUUGAUUUUGCCUUUUGGCGGCCAACGCUGGUCCCUGGAACUGAGUCCUCCGGGCCUUCCUUCGCCUGACUUCCAACCUCUUUCUCCACGUGGCACCAGUUCCCUUCCCGGAAACAGGAAACCCAGGGUCCUGGCCCACAGCAGGGGCUCCAGCCUCCCCCAUCUCCCCCAGGAUCUCGUUUUCUAAAGCUCAGCUGCCAGAUGCCACUCAGCCGGCCCCCCUCUAGUGGGGCCCAGAGCCAAGGCCACUUCCCACUGCUGUGGGCUGACGGGGCACGAACCCUCCCACCCCCUCAUCCCAGGACAGCAUUUCUGAGGCCACGCGUGGGUUUCUGGGGUGGAGAGGGCUCCGUGGUCUCGCCCGUGCAAGGGUUCACCGCGCCCAGGUCCCCUGUAGGUGCCGCGCGUGUCCCUGAGCGGUUCUUUGGUUGUCCGCCCAGCCAGUCUCUCGGUGGUUCCGUGUGACUCACCUGGGCGCUGGUCCCUGUCCUUGGGUCUCCCCCUGUUGAUGGCUCUCCUCCCCAGCCUCCUCCCCCACACCCCCAGCACACCUCCGCCUCUGCCUGCAACUCUGCACCCGGAGAGAUGGGAGGCAGCCCCAUCCAACGUGUCGUCUGUGGCCCCGGUCCCUGCGGCUCCCUGCUCCCCGUGUCCAUCCGUUUCCUUUCGCCGGUCUGUCUUCCCCUCCUCACCUGGAGCCCUGGCCUGGACAGGCCCCGUCCUCCUAGCCAAGCCUCCCUCUCUCCACGGCCUCAGGGGGCCUGAGCCCCUCAGCCCGCACCAUCGGCCUUGGCCUUCUCGGGGAGACGCGGAGCGCGUGGGUGGAGCUCCAGCUGCAGCCCUCCCAGCCCGUCAGCGCCUCCGGAGCUUUGCCAUGGCCCUCUCACCCCUUCUAGAAGUUUUUGCACAGAACUUCAUUUUGAAAAGCGUUUUUCUCAUUCUCCAUACCUCCCCCAAACUCCUCCAGCCCUUCCCCCGGCUCAGCCCUGCUGUCCAGAGCGUCCCUGGGGCUGUGCUGCUCACUCAGCCGGAGGGAGGGGCGGGGUGGGAGGGACUAAGAGGAUGUUGGAUUUUUCAUUCAAUAAACUGGUGAUUUCUUACCAACGAGCAA